ACGAACUGGAUGCAGCGUAUUCAUCACAACAGGCUCGUACCAGACUCUGCAAAGCCCUUGAUCGAUUUUCUAUCUGAACAGGAAUCCAUAAGACUCUUUAUGUCUGAUCUGGGUUUCUUUAUACUCCAACCAGUUUAAACCCUAUUUAUCACAGUAAUCACUUGAAAGGUUUGUUUCUGCGACACGGAUGUUUCGUUAAUAUUUUGUAUAUUGAUUGGAUUUCAUUCAAAGCACAUUUGUAUCUUUGAACUGCAGUUUACCGGGGAAGAUGAAAUUUAGUAUCUUUCUGGCUUCUUCUUGAUUAUCCACUCUUCAUGCUCGGGCAAUUUUGAGUUCUAUUUCUAUCAAGAUCCGCUUUUGUCUGGUCAAAGGUGUUGGAUUUAGGGUUUUAGGUUUAAUAAUCAAUGGCUCCCGCUUUUCCUAUUAACUAUUCAAAAUCGAAGGCCUAGCUUAAAUGCUGCAAUUCUAUAGAACCUAUAACUACAAUCCUUGUUCUGUAUACAUAGAGUUUUCGGAGCCAUGGGGUACUUGCUAACAGUAGUUGCCUGUUGAGAUUGUUUUUUUCUUUUUUUUAGCGGUUGACGCCCAAUCAAAUCAAACCGCUCAUUUGAUUUUACAGUAAGUCCCAAACUGUCGAUAGUCCCAAACUGUCGAUCUUAAUCCAUUUAUCUCGUUUGGGUCUGCGUGGAAGUGCUUGGGGUUGAAGGUUCUGUAGUUCCACAUUGGAUUAUAAGAAAGAAAAACUGACACCAAUGGCUUCUCCUCCACCACUUCCCCCUGGCUACACAGUUACGGCUUCCCCGCAGCACCCAAACACACCGACUCCUCGUCCUGAGAAAAGACCGACCCCACCUCCAUUCUCUUCUCCUGUUGCUACCAGGUUUUCCCAACAAAUAUCACAACAGGAUCAAAUUCCUUCUCCCUCAGCCCCACCCAUCACAACAUCAAGUAAUGGAAACAAAACUGGAAGCCCGCUUCCUCAGUUUAGUACUCCUCCUGGUCCCCCUGUUUUCUCAUCACCACUCCGGCCUGCAGCUGUGCCAUUCCGGACUUCGCCUGCCUCUCCCCAGACAGUUGCAUUUCCUAGUGGUUCAUCUCUGCCAACUUCAUCGACUCCGUACUUAAAUGGGUCAGUUGAGUUGCAGCCAGGAGAUUCCAAUGGUAGAGAGGACUCUAUGUUUGCAAGGGAGUCGCCAUAUGUUCUAUUUUCUGCACAGAAGAUGUUGAAAAAGAAAAAGCUAGCGAAUGUCCCAUGUUUGGGAUUUGGGGCAUUGGUUUCUCCAGGAAGGGAGAUAUCACCAGGUCCUCAGAUUAUACAACGUGAUCCACAUCGUUGCCAGAACUGUGGAGCUUAUGCCAAUUUAUACUGCAAAAUUUUACUUGGCUCAGGGCAAUGGCAGUGUGUAAUAUGUGGGAAUCUGAAUGGAAGUGAAGGUGAAUACAUAGCUCCUAGCAAGGAAGACCUUCGUAAUUUGCUAGAGUUAGCAUCUCCCCUGGUCGAUUAUGUUCAAACUGGAAAUAAAAAACCUGGGUUUAUUCCGGUCUCUGAUUCUAGGAUGUCUGCACCGGUUUUUCUCGUCAUAGAUGAGUGUUUGGAUGAAGUGCACCUCCAGCAUUUGCAGAGCUCUUUGCAUGCCUUUGCUGAUUCUUUAUCCCCUACUACCAGAGUUGGAAUCAUAUCUUAUGGCCGGACAGUGUCAGUUUAUGAUUUUUCAGAGGGAUCUAUGGCAUCUGCAGAUGUACUUCCUGGUGACAAAUCACCUACGCAAGAAUCGGUGAAAGCGCUGAUUUAUGGGACAGGCAUAUAUCUGUCUCCUGUUCAUGCCUCACUUCCUGUUAUGCAUACUAUCUUCUCAUCUCUGAGGCCAUAUAAACUCAAUUUACCUGAAGCAUCCAGGGACCGAUGCUUGGGUACAGCAGUGGAGAUAGCUCUAGCAAUUAUUCAAGGGCCAUCAGCUGAAAUGUCUCGAGGUGUAGUUAAAAGGUCAGGAGGUAAUUCCAGAAUUAUUGUGUGUGCUGGUGGGCCCAAUACCUAUGGUCCUGGAUCUGUUCCUCAUUCAUUUAGUCACCCGAACUAUCCAUACAUGGAGAAGACAGCAAUGAAAUGGAUGGAGCAUCUAGGAUGUGAGGCUCAUCGGCAUGACACGGUGAUUGAUAUCCUGUGCGCUGGAACAUGCCCAGUAAGAGUUCCUGUUCUGCAGCCCCUUGCCAAAGCAUCUGGUGGUAUUCUAGUUCUGCACGAUGAUUUUGGGGAGGCCUUUGGUGUAAACUUGCAAAGAGCAUCUAUGAGAGCAGCAGGUUCCCAUGGUUUGUUGGAGAUGCGCUGUUCUGAUGAUAUUCUUGUUACUCAAGUAAUAGGUCCUGGUGAAGAAGCACAUUCGGAUGCUCAUGAAAGUUUCAAAAAUGACACUUCUGUCUCUAUCCAAAUGCUAAGUGUUGAGGAAACACAAAGCUUCUCAAUUUCUAUGGAAACAAAAGGAGACGUCAAAAGCGAUUACGUUUUCUUCCAGUUUGUCAUUCGAUAUUUAAAUGUGUAUCAAGCUGAUGUUUCUAGAGUUAUUACUGUCAGAUUGCCUACUGUAGACAGUGUUUCAAGUUAUCUUGAGAGUGUACAAGAUGAAGUGGCUGUUGUUCUCAUUGCCAAGAGGACUCUGCUACGAGCCAAAACUUCAUCUGAUGCAAUUGAUAUGCGGGCGAUGAUAGAUGAAAGAGUUAAGGAGAUAGCUUUUAAAUUUGGGUCUCAAUUACCGAAAUCAAAGCUUUAUCAGUUUCCUAAAGAGCUUGCCUCGCUGCCAGAGAAUUUAUUCCAUCUUAAAAGGGGCCCACUUCUAGGAAGUAUUGUUGGUCAUGAAGAUGAGAGGUCUGUCUUGAGGAAUUUGUUUCUUAAUGCAUCAUAUGAUUUGUCGCUUCGUAUGUUGGCACCUCGUUGUCUAAUGCAUCGAGAAGGAGGCACUUUUGAGGAACUGCCAGCAUAUAACCUUGCCAUGCAGUCUGAUGCUGCAGUUGUGCUGGACCAUGGCACAGAUGUCUUUAUUUGGUUGGGUGCUGAGCUUGCAGCUCAGGAAGGGAGAAGUGCAGCAGCUCUAGCAGCGUGUAGAACUUUGGCGGAGGAGCUCACUGAGUUCCGUUUUCCAGCUCCUCGAAUCCUUGCAUUCAAAGAGGGAAGCUCUCAGGCUCGGUAUUUUGUUUCUCGGCUAAUACCAGCGCACAAGGAUCCUCCCUAUGAACAGGAAGCAAGAUUCCCUCAGCUCCGGUCUUUAACGGUGGAACAGAGGGCCAAGCUGAAGAGCAGUUUUCUUCACUUUGAUGAUCCUAGCUUCUGUGAAUGGAUGCGCAGCUUGAGACUGGUGCCGCCUGAACCAAGUUAACUGAUGUGGCAAGAUGGGUUAAUUUGGACCUUACUUUCCUCCAAAAGGAAGUCUCUGGAAUUGGAUCAAAGGAGUGCUGGCGGUUGUCUCUGUUCUGGUUCCUCUUUAGUCAGGAUGUCUUCAUUUGGAAUGGUGUAAUGGCUAAACCUUUC